AUGUAUUAUGUAAAAAAAUAUGAACACAAAAUAUUGGGAGAUACACUUCGAUUUUUAGGUUUCACAAUUAAUUGGGGAAUUCAUGAAAAUGGUUAUUGGCUAACAAAUCUUAAUUAUUCGUUUGAUUAUAUUUUAUCUAAUUUAAUUAUAAAAUAUUUUAAAGGGAAAAAUAUAAAAACAGUUUUAGAUAUUGGGUGUGGACAUGGAUAUUAUGUGAAUGAAUUAAAUUUCCAUAAAAUAUGGGCUGCUGGAAUAGAUGGGAAUCACAAACUUGUUAGUUCGCUGAACAAUGAGAGGAUAUAUAGCCUUGAUGUAACUGAUAAAAAUUUUAUCCACAAAAUUAUGAACAAAAUAAAUAAUUCAAUAAAAGUGGAAAAUGAGAAAGGAAACAAAUUAUUAGAAAAGACAAAAGUUAUAAAUAAAAAUAUCCAUAUCCCUCAAAAAAUAUUAACAUUUGAUUAUGUGUUAUGUUUAAAUGUUGGGGAAUAUAUUCCAAAGAAAAAGGAAAAAAUAUUUCUUGAAAAUCUUGAUCGUAUUAAUAACAAGGGAAUAAUAAUUUCAUGGGAUAUACCCGGAACAUUUAAUAUAGGAACCAUUAAUGAAAAAAGUGGAGAAGAAUUAAUAGAAAUAUUUAUGAACGAUUAUAAUUAUAAAUAUGAUGAAAAAAAUAGUAAGUUGAUUAGAGAAAAUUGUAAUAAUAAAUCUUUUAAAAGGUGUUUGUAUAUUUUUGAAAAAAAAAAUAUGUACAUUCCGUCUUUGUGA